AUGCUGGUGCGUGUUGUGAUCUGGGUGCACCUUGUGAUGUGGUUCAUCCUGAUCCUCGUCACCAACAACAGCACCAGCACCAACAACAGCACCAGCACCAACAACAGCACCAACACCAACAACAGCACCAACACCAGCACCAACAACAGCACCAGCACCAACAACAGCACCAACACCAACAACAGCCCCAGCACCAACAACAGCACCAACAACAGCACCAGCACCAACAAGAGCACCAACACCAGCACCAACAAGAGCACCAGCACCAACAACAGCACCAGCACCAACAAGAGCACCAGCACCAACAACAGCACCAGCACCAACAAGAGCACCAGCACCAACACCAGCACCAACAACAGCACCAACACCAGCACCAACAACAGCACCAACACCAGCACCAACAACAGCACCAACACCAGCACCAACAACAGCACCAACAACAGCACCAACACCAGCACCAACAACAGCACCAGCACCAACAAGAGCACCAACACCAGCACCAACAAGAGCACUAGCACCAACAACAGCACCAGCACCAACAACAGCACCAGCACCAACAAGAGCACCAGCACCAACAAGAGCACCAGCACCAACAACAGCACCAACACCAACAACAGCACCAACAACAGCACCAACAACAGCACCAACACAAGCACCAGCACCAACAACAGCACCAACAACAGCACCAACAACAGCACCAGCACCAACAACAGCACCAGCACCAACAACAGCACCAGCACCAACAACAGCACCAACACCAACAACAGCACCAACAACAGCACCAGCACCAACAAGAGUACCAACACCAGCACCAUUGGAUUACGCAAUGUAGCAUAA